UUUAUGUGACUACAUAUGGAAGUCAUCAAUUUUAUUGUAUUAAGUUUCUUGUAAACGUGGACACUAAUGUUAGACACUGAUUUAGCAAGCCAGGACUUUUUGAUGUGUUUGGCAGUCGCUUAGGGACAGCUCCUUUUAACAGUAGCUACAAAUACUUAAUGCUCCCACCCUUAGAUGUUAUCACUUUUCUUGAUAGUGGAAACACAAUUUGGUUAUAGAUCCAUAUCUUGGCUAAGAUAAUUUAGUUAAUGUUCUAGUUCGAUAGCUGAGUGUUGUGUAGCCAACGUACAUUAGCUAUCACUGAGAUAGCUAAAGAUAGCUUGUCGCCAAAAAUAUUUACAGGAGUUGCCUACAUACCUAAAAUAAUUAACCAUGUGAUUCACGAAACUGACAAACUGAGCUAUAUUUUAUAGAAAGGAUAGCAUCUGGAUAUUGAUAGAUUUAGAUGUAGAUUUGUACAAAAAUGUUAGAUUUGGCGGGAGUUUGCUCACCACCAAAUGCUUUGUUCCACGCCAAGAAUGAAAACUUGGUUUCCACAAAAAUGGGAACCAUGUCGUUGAUUGAUAAAGAAAACACACCACCUUCUUCGAACACGACGAGAAUUUUGGCUUCCAGGACGGCGCGCAAAAUUUUUGACUCCGAGGAAAGACCAAAAACAGAGGAGCCUCUUCUAAAGGAAAAUCCAUGCCGCUUUGUCAUCUUCCCCAUUCAAUACCAUGAUAUCUGGCAGAUGUACAAGAAGGCAGAGGCCUCUUUCUGGACAGCUGAAGAGGUUGACCUGUCCAAAGACCUUCAGCACUGGGAUUCUCUGACAGAUGAUGAGAGACAUUUCAUUUCUCAUGUGUUGGCAUUCUUUGCUGCGAGUGAUGGUAUUGUCAAUGAAAAUUUGGUGGAGCGCUUUACCCAGGAAGUCCAAGUAACGGAAGCGCGCUGUUUCUAUGGUUUCCAAAUUGCCAUGGAGAACAUUCAUUCUGAGAUGUACAGCCUUCUUAUUAACACCUACAUCAAAGAUUCCAAAGAGAGGGAGUAUCUCUUCAAUGCCAUUGAGACUCUGCCUUGUGUGAAGAAGAAGGCUGACUGGGCCCUCAACUGGAUUGGCAACAGAGAAGCUCAAUAUGGUGAGAGAGUGGUGGCCUUUGCUGCUGUGGAGGGCAUCUUUUUCUCUGGCUCUUUUGCUGCAAUUUUCUGGCUAAAGAAAAGGGGCCUCAUGCCUGGCCUUACCUUCUCCAACGAACUCAUCAGUAGAGAUGAGGGUCUUCACUGUGACUUUGCAUGUUUAAUGUUCAAGCACUUGGUGAAUAAACCUCCUCAAUCAACAGUCCAGAAAAUCAUUAUGAAUGCAGUUCAGAUUGAACAGGAGUUCCUGACCAAGGCUUUGCCAGUUAAGCUGAUUGGCAUGAACUGUGACCUAAUGAAGCAAUACAUUGAGUUUGUGGCUGAUAGACUGAUGUUGGAGUUGGGCUUCAGUAAGAUAUAUAAAGUAGAAAACCCCUUUGACUUCAUGGAGAACAUUUCCUUGGAGGGGAAGACCAACUUUUUUGAGAAGCGGGUGGGCGAGUACCAGAGGAUGGGAGUCAUGUCUGGGUCCACAGACAACACUUUCAGGCUUGAUGCUGACUUCUGAAGUGAAUGGACACUAAUUGUUUUAACAUUUGGAGGUAACUACUGAUCACCUCCAUGCUUCAUUCUGCAAAUUGUUACUCUCAAAAGGACUGCUGGAUGGGCACUGGGACAUCUCUGUGUGUGUGUGUGUGUGUGUGUGUAUAUAUAUUGUAAAUAUAUCAAACUUUCAAUAUACAUUAUGCCUUUUUAACUUGUCAUUUUUUGUUCAUAUAAUUUUCAGUAAGAUUGCUCAACCAGUGCUGCAUAUUUAUAAUUUGUACAAACUUCAUAAUUCUUGCUUUGACUUUUUUGAACAGACUUGUCAGUU